UUUUGACUUUACAGUUUCCUCUUCCGAGCUGCUUCCGUCUGUGGUUGGAAAGCGGCUGAUUUUCUGGCUGCUUUUCAAGCUUUUGCUUGUCUUUUAUCUAUUUUUUCGCACAGUUUCGCCGCCUCUGCUUCAUAUUUUCGUGUCUCCAUGUCAUUAACGGAGACUCGGAAGGUUGUCGAUGUACAAACUAUGAGGAGUUCCUGAGACCGUGAAGGCACCACAAAGUGACGAGAAGACAGCAGCUGAAGCUUGAUAUGAUUUCACCCUCUUACAGGUUGGAUAUAUGAGAGAAAAGUGUACAAUGUGGACGGACAAGCAAAGAGGAAUCAGAGUAUCUAAGGAGGAGCUGCUCUGCAAGAAUGCCUGCGGUUACUAUGGAAACCCUGCAUGGCAAGGCUUCUGCUCCAAGUGCUGGAGAGAAAGAGCUCGACCAGCCGCAGCCCCAAGACAAGACACAAGACCGAGCAAUGAUGGAACGCUGCCCACCUUCUCCAAAUUUGAAGAGAAGAAAAACAUUGAGAAAGGUCGUCGAAUUAAUACCAUGAGGAGACUCUUCUGGGGCAACCCAACGCCUCCAAAACCUCAAGAGUCUGCUGAAAGCCGUGCGAAUGCGUUAAAGGCCUUCCAGAGCCUUGAACCAGGGGACUUCACUGGUUUCCUAAAGAUACUGCGGAGCCCUUCCUCCCAGCGCUUGCAGUCCCGCUGUACAGCUUUCCUCAACACAAUGGAGGCCUAUCAUGCUCUGCCAGUACAGAAGCAGUCAGACCUUGUGCAAGAUUUCUACCAGUCUUUUGCUGAAUAUUUUCGUGGUUUCCCUGAGGCUCAGAUCACUCAGAUAAUGGAGCAUGUAGAGAAGUUAAUAAUGACACGGUUGCACAAAUGGGUUUUCUGCCAUGAUAGCUGUGAUGAUGAACAGAAGGACCUGGUUCUCCAGAAAAGGAUACGUUCCUUAAACUGGGUGACUCCACAGAUGCUGGGUGUACCUUUUCCUGACAAAAACACUUCAGUCACAGGCGACCCCUUUCUGCCUGCUAUAACAGCCAUAAUUGAAAUGGAUGCUAAACGAGCACCUCAAGAUAAACUUGCCUGUGUGUCCAAAUGCAGUCAGCAUGUCUUCGAAGCGCUCUCCACGUCUAACAGCGAGCCCGCUAAUGCUGAUGACUUCCUGUCAGGCCUGAUUUAUGUGGUGCUGAAGGCUAAUCCACCUCGCCUGCACUCGAACAUGCAAUAUGUGAUUCGGUUUGGUCUCCCUCACAGUCUAAUGGCAGGAGAGAGCGGCUACUAUUUCACAAACUUGUCUUGUGCGGAGACCUUCAUUGAAAAGCUGGAUGGGCCGGCACUCAACCUCAGUCCAGAAGAGUUUGAAGGCUACAUGCGGGGUCAGCGUGUUCCCUCUGCAAAGAACAAGAGACUGCAGGCUGCCAGUGACACACAGCACCUGUUAGAACAGCUGAAAGACCGGCAGGAGAAGCUGGACAAAGGGAUGGAUGCUCUUAAUGUGCAGCUACAAAAAUGGGUCCAAGCAGUUCAUUCACAACUGGAUGAGGCAGCAACCCAGUUUGUUCUGGUGCAGAAGGAGAUAACGGCUCAAGCUGAGCUCUCACAGAUGGUUUCACCUUCAGCUCAGGAUGAAAAACAGCCGUCACUACUGGUGCUGAAGGAUCAACAUGCAGGUCCAAAAGAUACAGACUGUUAGAGCUAUGAAGAGAAACUCCCUCAUCUGGUACUCGAUUCUCUUUGAUCAUCAGCACUAAUGUAUGAAAGCUGCAAAACAAAUAGGAUUUAUUUUCUAAUGCCACAUUUGCACAAGUUCCAACCACAGAAGUAGGCAAUUCCUAAGCCAGUUUAAAUGAAGGAAAACCUCCUGAAGGAAACUUUUUACAUGUAAUAACACAGGUCACACCGUUUUUAAUGACUUUGCUAAUUACUUUUCAAUUUAUAGUAACACGUGAUUGAAAGUUCAGCACUCAGGGUACACAGCACUUGGGGAUGUUACUUAAGACUUUGAAUGUGCUAAUUUAGUAACAUGUCUUUCUAAUAGUUUAUACCACUGUGCCUAUAUGUAGACCGAUGUGAAAUUUGAUAAAUGUGCAACAGGAGAACAUGUUAGUUGUAAACCACUACAAGUCAGAGGUUGUAUUUAUGAAAAACGGUUUUUCUGAGCUGUUUAAUUGUUCACAGUAUAUUUCAUUGACAGUCCAGUGCAAAAUUUGUAACAUUUUUCCAUGUGUCUAGUGCACACUGUUUACAACUUUUGAAUGGUUUCUAGAAAACAUAUAAUGGGUUGUUCUAUUAUUAAUGAUUGUAUACAAUAUUAUAUUAAAGCUAUGUGAUUCAG